AAUGGUCAAAGAUGUGCAGCUAACCAGUAGUGCUCUGCUGGCAAAUUGGUUGGUUUUGGUGGCUUUAGGGGCGGCGGGAUGGACCUUUGGGGUUGGUGGGCCAUCUUUAUCCUUUGUUGGUGAAAUUACUGUACUAACCUUCGUCUGCAUUCACAGUACAGGCAAUUGAUGAUUCGUAGUUCAAAUAAUAAUGAUAAGAAUGAGACGUUUACUUGUUGGUCAAGCUGCAUAUUCUUUUUCUCCAAAAAAACCACCCACCCACAGCCACAGGAAUGUAUUUAUUGAAAAUAAAUUUAUAAAUUAAUAUUAUUUAAUAUGUUUUAUUAUAUUAUAAAAUAGAUUAAUAUAUAAAUUUAUUUUUAUAAAAUCUGUUAUGAUGGAACAUAUUUCUUACACGUUAUUUGUUCUUUUAUGUCCUCUAUUGAGUUCUCUUUUGGGAAGUUUAGCUCCAAAAUAUACAUUUAUAUGACUUCAUCUUCUACUCCUACUUAGGGCUGUAUGUGGAUGAUAAGAUGAUCUCAAAUUAUUUGAGUUAUUUUAUAAAUAAUAAUAUUUUAUAAAUUUUAUUAAAAUAUAUUAAAAUAUAAAUAAAUUAAAAUAUGUAUUUAGAUAUAUAAAAAAUAGAUUGAUAUGAGUUUAGUUUUUAAAUAAUGUUAAAUAUAACUCUGACCUAUGCAAGCUUAUCCUUUUAAAAAGAAUAAAGUUUUUCAUUAUAAAUUAAUUUAUUUUAUGAAUUUUAUGUUUAUUAUUUUUCUAAAAACUAAAUACGUAAUACUUGCAUAUUUUAUAACUGUAAAUAUUUGAUGAGUUAAACUUGCUUUGGCAACCAAACACAGCCUAAUUCUCAUUUCACCGUCCGAACUUAUUCCCAAAUCCCACCCUCUAAGUUUUAGAGUUUUACAAUAUAUAAAUACAGUCACGUAUUAAUCUAUAUAUCAAUAUUGAUCUAUUCAUAUUUAAAAUUUAAAUUAAUACUAUUUUUAAUAAAAUUUAUUUUUUAAUCAAUUAUAUUAUAUUGAUAUACAAAUUAAUACAUAAUUAUAUUUAUAAUUAUAUUUUUUCAAGUGCUAAUCACUUUAGCUUGUGCUUGGUAAUCAUAUUCUUUUUGUCCUUUACCUGCCGAUGCCUUCAUGCCAACGUGCCCACUUCUUUCGAACUAAUCCUGCCCGUUCGAUUCGCUUACUUCGUCACGGUCAAAUGUGGAUCAUGCGACUUUGGCGACUUCGGCGACUUCGGCGACUUCGGCGACUUCUGGUUCAAACUCCGACGAAGCAGAACCACGGCGGCGGCUCAUGUUCGUCCACCUGCCUACGUCCGGUGCCCAAGUGUUAUCUGUGGAAGACGGCGUCGGAUUAGCUUACUCCUCCAUCUUCUAAGAUUUCAUCUUUGAUGGUUUUCUCUCCCAUUUCAAAGCUUUCUGCGCUGGAACCCUAUCCACGGAGUCUGUUAUUAGAGUUUGUUAGCUUGAAUGUAGUUGCAUUCGAGAUGUUGCUCAAUCAAAUCCUUUUGUUGCAAAUGCAGGUCUCUGCUACAACACUCAAAUGCUAUUACAUGAGUACAGAGCAUCAUCUCCUCAACUCAGCCAUUAAAUUCAGCUUACUUCAAUUCUGGCUAUUGGAUAAAAAUUGAAAUCCAUUCAUAGCCUUGUUUUGUUUGAAGAAUUUGAAUUUAGAUACACUGGAAUAUGCAUGGAGAUAGGGAACCAUGUAUGCGCUCCGUUGUCAUGAGAAAGCAAGUUGCAGAUCCAUUUUCAGUAAUUAAAAUUAUAAACGAGCAGAAUUUUACUCUAGUCUGCAGAAAGGUCUUCAAAUUUCCAGGUUUCUAUUUUCAAAUGAAGAAUUGAAGUUGGAAACAAUAUGGUGACUUCAGGAGGUUCAUUGUGUCUUUGGAGCUGGACAAAGAAAGCUUUUUUUUUUUUUCCAUCUCUCUACUCCCUAAUUUUAGACAAUAUGAAUACAUAAUCUGAGAAUUCUACAGGAUCUUUGAAUGUUAUGAGAUUUCUCUGGUAAACGAAAAUAUCUACCUAUUCCGGGAAGCUUAUCUGGUGAGAGUCAGAGGAAGUGAAGAGAAUGCUCAGAUUGAUGGAUUGGAGGGCUGCAGAAGCAGUGGACGUAUAAAAGGGGUUUAAGUGGGACUAGCUGAAGAGAAUGCGGAGAACAUUAUGAGUGCAAUUGCAGUUGAUGAGGUGAAAAUCGGGUGUGACUGUCGUUUCUUUCCUGGUUUUUAUCUUCUCAUGAACCCUGGCGUUACUAAAAACCAAAUUCCUAAGGAGUAUGUUCAUGAAGGAUUAUUAGGCAGGUCUGUUAUGGGAAAAACAGCUUUUACCAUGGUUGAUGCAAAAGAUGGUUACCUGGAUUAUAAUUAGUUGAUAAAAGAAAAAUGUGAAAUUAAUGAUUUAAUUGGUAUUUUAACAUUGUCUAUAGACAGUUACGAUGGUCUUCUCUCUCUCUCUCUCUCUCUCUCUCUCUCUCUCUCUCUAUUUUUCUUUUUAUUUUGUUGUUGUCAUCUUUUCUAUAUUUAGCUAUAGCAAGGACAUAACUAAAUCCGUGGCCUAAAAAAGGAAAAGAAAGUUAGGAAAAUGCCUAAACGAUUGAGCAGUUGCUCAAUGACAAACCAUCCCCCCAUAUACCUGCACCACACCGCAUGCAUGCAGUCUGGACACUUGAAUCGUGGAUAAACAGACAUCCCCGAAUCUCUUUGGUCAAAGGUCCCAACGUACGAAGAGGAACCAGUAACGCUUUUUCCCAUUUGUUGUUGCUGCUCUCUCUCUCUCUCUCUCUCUCUCUCUCUCUCUCUCUCGUCCAUCCGUCUCUCACCUCUCCCACAUGCAUGGGUUCCCUGCACUGCUCCUAUUCUUUCUUUUCCUCUUUGUUUCUCUCUUUCCCUCCCUAAAGAUUUAGCCUUCCAACAUUAACAAAACGCUUGAUCUCUGAUCCAUUCUUUUUGUUCUAUUUUCUAUGAAUAAAACGUUAUCACAUGCUGCUUCACCCCUUCAAAUGGGCACAGACAAGCUGGUUCAUGCAGAGGCAAUUAGGGUGGGGGGGCAAGGGAAAGUAGGUGUCCCCUACAUAUGCAAUACAAUGGGUCAGAUAAACUCAAGGGGUCUAUGGUAUGGAGACAACCCUCUUGAUUUCCAUGUCCCUCUCUUGCUUUUGCAGCUCUCCCUCAUCUCCAUCUUCUACCGAACACUUUACUUCCUUCUCAAGCCCUUUGGCCAACCCUCUAUUGUUUCUCAGAUUAUUAGUGGUGUCAUAUUAGGUCCUUCAGUUCUUGGGCGCAGUGCAGAAUUUGCAGCCAACGUUUUCCCAACUAAAGGGAACACUUUACUUGAGACCUUUGCAAUUUUUGGUUUCAUGCUUUUUAUCUUCCUAAUUGGAGUGAAGAUGGACCCAACUAUCAUUUUAAAAUCAGGUAAAAGGGCAGUGGCAAUAGGACUUUUAGGCUUCUUCGUUUCCUACGCAUUGGCUGGACUUCUUGCCUUUGUCCUCCAAAAAUCUCUAUCACUGGAUCAUGAUCUUUCCACCGUGCUUCCGCUUCUGGUAGUACUCCAGUCUCUGACUGCCUUCCCUGUUAUUGCUUGCUUUCUUGCUGAGCUCAAGCUCCUCAAUUCAGAGAUUGGAAACUUGGCAGCAUCUUCUUCAAUAGUAUGCGAUAUAUGCUACUGGUUUGUUAUGGCAGUGAGAUUUGCGACAAGAACUACAGAGAAGUCUCUGGCAAUAUCAAUUGGGACCAUUUUCUCUGCUGUACUCUUUAUAAUUUUCCUUGUGUUUGGAGUUCGACCAGGAGUUAUGUGGGCUAUUCGACAUACCCCUGAAGGAAAACCUGUAAAAGAAAUAUACUUUUUUGCAGUUAUUGUAGGUGUUAUGGUCUGUGGAUUUAUGGGUGAAGUUAUUGGCCUAAGUUCUUUUGUGACAUCUUUCCUUUUGGGCUUGGUCAUACCAGAUGGUCCACCCUUAGGUGCCGCAUUAGUAGAGAGGCUUGAUUGCUUUGUUUCAUCAUUGCUCAUGCCUAUCUUUUUCACCACAUGUGGACUAAGGAUGGAUGUUUUUGCCAUAAAACAGUUGAAGAAUGUGGGUGUGAUUCAGUCACUCGUUCUUGUUUCUUUUUUUGGGAAGACAGUAGGGACAAUGGUGCCUCCUAUCUUCUGCAGGAUGCCAAUCCGAGAUGCCCUCUCUUUUGGUCUUAUCAUGAACUCCAAAGGCAUUGUUGAACUUGCUGUGUUGAUUGGCUGGAAGCUAGACAAUGUCAUCAACGAAGAAUGCUUCGCCAUUAUGAUUAUCUCUGUGGUGAUUGUGACAGGAGUUAUCUCACCCCUUGUGAAAGCCCUGUAUGAUCCUUCAAGGAGAUUCAUUGCUUACAGAAGGAGAACUAUUUUGCACCAUAGGCGCAAUGAGGAACUGCAGAUCCUUGCUUGCAUUCACAAGCAGGACAAUGUCCCAGCAAUUUUCAACCUUCUUUCUGCCUCUAACCCCACCAAAGAGAGCCCCAUUAAUUUAGUUGUACUCCACCUAGUCAAGCUUGUUGGUCGUGCGUCCUCCCUACUCAUCACCCACAUGCCUCGUGAGAAGCCUUCUCAACACCCAACUGAAUCAGAACGAAUCUUCAGUGCAUUCGAAAAGUUCGAAAGAUAUUACUCUGGCCAUCUUAGAGUGCACUGUUAUAAAGGCAUUUCCCCUUAUGCAACAAUGCACAAUGAUGUGUGUUCCCUAGCUCUUGAAAAGAGAACAACCUUCAUAAUCAUCCCUUUUCACAAGCAGUGGGUUAUUGGGGAUAGAGCAGAGUCCUCUUAUGCUUUCAGGCACCUGAACAAGAAUGUUCUUGAUAAGGCUCCUUGCUCUGUUGGAGUGCUCAUUGACCGUGGGAACCAGAGGAAACCUUGGUCUGUAGUUGGACCACCAGCAUUGUAUCGGGUGGCUGUGCUCUUCUUUGGUGGUGCAGAUGAUCGAGAAGUACUAGCAUAUGCUGGACGCAUGUUGGAGGAUUCUAAUGUACUAGUCACGCUUCUUCGUUUCUAUUCUUCAGCUGAGGUUGUUGGGGGUACAUCAAGGAGCAAGAUGCUCGAUACCGAUAUCUUGAGUCAAUUUAGGCUUAAUGCAUUUCGUAAUGAUCGAGUUUCAUACCAGGAGGAGAUGGUGAUGAAUGGAAAUGGUGUGCUUGUUGUACUGAAGUCAAUGGAAAAUGCAUAUGACCUUGUUAUGGUUGGGAGACGACAUCAGGAGUCACGGUUGAUGUCUGACCUUAGGAAACUGAACGAGCAUGGAGAGUUGGGAGCAGUAGGAGAGAUACUUGCAGCCACAGAUUUUAGAGGUGCGGCUUCAAUUUUAGUGGUGCAACAGCAGACCAAACUCUGGGGAUUGCAUGACCCAGAGGAGUCAACGCGAUUGAGAAGAGUAAACAUAUAGGUUUUUUUUUUUUUUUUUUGGGUCUUAUUUUUAUAUUUUUUAGGAUUUUGAAUAUAUUGAUUAAUUGCCUGUAGACUUACUGCAUUUUCUUCAUGACAUAGAGAUAUGUAUAUUUAAAACGGGAUAAGUAAUGAGA